AUGAAGCGUGGUCGCAAGCAGGAUGAUACUUUGCCUCCGUCUCGCAGUCGAGAAAUCCAGAGGGCAUUUCGCCAAAGGAGGUCAGAUUACAUCAAAGGCCUCGAGGCAAGAGUGAGCCAGUUAGAAGCUGAGGUGGAUGAGGUCCUCGCCCGGCACAAUGAAUUGCUUCGAUAUACGACUCCGGAGGUAGUUGCUGCUCGCACGGCCUCGCGCAAAAAGCAGAGGACUAAAUCGAAACAUAGCUUGUCUGACUUCUUGGACCUGAGCCAGACAGUGGAGACCUAUGCUCCAGCGCCAUCGAAUCGCCUGGCCAUCAUGCCCGAGAACGCCACGGUUUCUCCCUCUUCCGGUGGAUCGAAUCAAAGCAUAUGUCACGAUAUUUGCUCACCGCCGUCACAAUAUGUCCUCAUAGAUAUGAAUGGCGAACCUACCGGUACCAGCACGGCAGAUUAUUCCAAAGAUCCCUUUGCGCCAUAUCCAUUCGCGAGCCAGGUCGAACAUCAACCUGAAUUCGAUUCUCGCGAUAUCGAUUCCAGUUCCAUUCUUACUCGAAGAAACCAACGUCUCCUCCAUCUUUGGGAAGGUGCUUCCAAGGCCAACGACUUCAACGGUUCCUCUCCUGAUUCUCCUGGCCCCCCUAGCUCGCAGUUCUCUCAUCCCAUUUCUGCAAACGAAUAUCAGUGUUCAAACUCUCAGAUUGAAAUAUUGAUGGGGAUGGACGCGGUAGGCCAAUCGACGCCUGUUUCCGCCUCACACAUAAUGUCCUCUUUUGAUUUCCAGCAUGAAGUUAGAGCUCCGCCCCCCACCUCUUGUUCCAUUCCCUCCCUGAUAGCGGACUCAUCAGCCCAGCCCGACCAACUUUCCGCCAUAGGAUUCAACUACGCUACCGCUACCUGUAGCGGGAUUUUUUUACCUUGA